AUGAAUCCAGCAGCACCUGAGUUCAUCCCCAAUGAGACCUGGCCCUGGCCCUGGCUGCGUGCGCUGCGGCGUCUGGAGCUGGAAGCGGCCGAAAGGAUCCAACGAAGCUGGCGGAGCUGGCGGAGCCGCAAGGCGAUGAAGCGCAGAAAGGGGACGGAAACUGCGACAAAGCGAGCUGCCGCCCCGAGAACACGCCGGCGCCGCCAUAGCCAGCAGCCACGAGACACGUUGACCCAAUCUUGGGAGGCAUGGUCAAGCUGGGAUGCAGAUGAUCGGCUACAAUGGUGGACAGGUGGCAGACAAGCUCGCUGGGUUCCCAAGAAUCGUGAGGAUGAGCCCGAAGGAUGGAAGUGGAAAUCUGACCACAGGAAUCAGGGAGUUGCUGAUGCUUGUCCGACCAGCGUUCGCAGCGUUCGAGGUCGCAGCGAGCCACCGCCUUCACGACGCUCCCGAGGACGAACCUUUGAAGGUGAUGUCUACAAGGAAUGCUGGGAGAAAUCCCGAGGAUCGACAGCAGUUUGGCGCAAGAAGUCUGAAGCUCCAAUCAGACCGAUCGCUUCGACGUCCGGAAAGCCCAAGGGCAACGGUCGCAACGGUCGCAACGGUCAGCAGGGCAAAUUGAAGGGACGAUUGGGAAAAGUUGAGCCACGUUGA